AUGCAGCAAGACAUUCCCAAUCAGAAACCUCGCCGUCGGAAAAUCGCGCUGGCAUGCGAGCCUUGCCGCGAACGCAAGUCUCGAUGCGAUGGCAACAAGCCUAUAUGUGCAUCUUGCACACGUCGGAGGCUUCCGACCGACCGGUGUAUAUACGUGGCGGAAUAUGCCCGGGCAGCAAGCAGCAACGAAUACAUACGCGCCUUACAUCAUCGGAUUCGGGAACUGGAGACUGGCUCGGGAUCUCAACGAGCUGAGUCAGGGUCCGUAAACCCAUCAGCUCCAGUUGGUGACGAAGCGGGAAGAUCAGGAGAUGCCUGUCCUGCACAGUUGGACGUUCCUGGAUCGCUCAUGCCAGGUGGUGAACAAACAUUGCUGCAAAACAGGGAAUCCCCGACACUUCCUGCGUCAAAUGCGCAAAUCGAUAUUUCUGGAACUACUGAUUCGCCUGGUAACAUCACUGGCAUGGGCGCCAUGAUCAAUAUCAACGACCAAGACCAAGCUUCCAGUCAGAACUCAGAGUAUUUCGGGAGUUCAUCAGCAGCAUCGCUGGCGUGUUUCCUCACGGGGGACCAAAGGCAGCAGCGACGACAUGCGUGGGCUUCACAAAAGAUACCGUCUUUUGACUCGUUCAGUAAUCAUCAGAUCGGAUAUUUGGACAUGGAAUCGUUCGCGCAAAUGGAGGGACUUGUUUUACCUCCUCGGAACCUUGCAGAUCAUUUGCUUGAUUGCUUCUGGGAACGGGUGUUUUGUUUGUAUCCUUUCUUUGAUCGUAAAAGUUUCCAACAAGCAUACGAAAACCUCUGGCUGCCGGAGAAUCAUGCCAGCCACAAGCUCACAGAUCUGAAUAUUGGUCUAGGAGAUCGAUUCAACUCGGGGCAGAACUCAAUCGUCUUCAAUUGUGCACUGAAUAUUAUAUUUGCUCUGGGAUGUCAAUUCUCGAAGCUUCCUCUAAAUGACCGCCAAUCUCUUACAACGUCUUUUUUUCUCCGAGCAAAGCGACACAUUGGGCUUGAUUUGGUGGAUAUUCACUCUAUAGGAGUGGUCCAGACUCUUCUGAUCGUGGCAUUGUUCUUACAGAGCACUCCCUAUCCUCAUCGCUGCUGGAACUCGACCGGAAUGGCCUGCCGUCUUGCACUUGGGCUGGGAUUGCAUGAAACGAAUCUAGAGGAUUCCAAAGAUUCAUUAGAGCAAGAAAUCCAUCGAAGAACUUGGCACGGCUGUGCUUAUUAUUGCAGAACGGUCAGCAUGGCAUAUGGACGGCCGACUAUGACAAGUCAUCUCGCAAGAGUCCCGUUGCCAGGGUCAUUCGACUUGAUAUCGGGCACGGGGCCGGAAUCCCCAUCACUGAUCGCUUUUUAUACUUCUACGAUUCAGCUUUACUCUAUCUUAGAUGGUAUUCUCUCAGAUGUUUACAAGGCUUGGCAUGGCCGAUCUAAUGAAUCCACACCGGAAGCACGGCAUGGCGGCCUAGAGGUUACUAUUCGUCUUGAAGAUCAACUAUUACAAUUUGAAUCUUCUAUUCCUCCAUUUUUGAACUGGACAACCAUACCUGUGCCUCCACCUAAGUCCGCAAUGGAGGAAAUGAUAAGCAGACAACGAAACGUUCUUCACUCACGAUUCCUUUAUCAUAAACUCCUACUCUAUCGGCCCAUGCUCACACGGCUUUCUUUUGAGGAACAACCUGACGAAGCCCAGUACCGUUCGCCAACCUCUCAUUCAGUCUUGUUACGAAAGUGGGCUGCAGGGUGUAUUCGGGCAGCAGUAGACCUUAUUUCUCUCGUCCAUGAGACAUAUGAUUCAUCAACGACGGAUACGUGGUGGUAUAAUGGAUUUUAUACUUCUACAGCAGCCAUGAUUUUGAUCAUAUCUUAUUCGUGCUACCAAGCCAGCGAACUUGAUUUACCAACAAUUGACACUACAUGGCGAAAGGCAGAAACUGUCUUGCAACAUCUGGCUUCAUUUAGCGUCUCUGGUCGAAAUACGCUCAAUUUUCUCCAGGCAAUGCGAAAUCGAUUCGUCUCUCAUCUCAAGGUGCAUUUACCUGACACAGGGAAUGGCAGUGUGCCUACAACACAAGUUUCCGCGGAACAGGGCCAAACAGAUUUGUCACAGCCGGCCGUUGAUACAUGGCAGCCUUUAAGCUGGGAUGAAGGCCUGUCAACAAAUGAACUGGGGUUUCUGGGCCCAUUUGAUAUCAGCGAGAUGCAGAGUUGGUUCCCACAGACCGGGAUCUUAUGA